AUGGCUGCGACCAUCACAACGAUAACACCACCGAAUGUUUCAUACAUUCAAAUGGACUCGCUUGUCAUAAUGAAGAUCGUUAAGCAUGUUGACAGUCUUCUAACUGGACUUGUGUCAGUUGAAAAGGAUGAUAGCCGCCUAGAGAUCACUAACUGCUUCCCGACAGCACGCGCUGAACCCAUUCUUGAAAACGACGAGAAUGCAACUCAGUUAAUGUGCUCAAAACAACCGGACUUUAUGGUUGAAGAACAGGCUAUUAAGGCCAGUCAAAUGUACGAGGAACUGAAGCAGCAGGAAAUGCUGGACAUGUUACGGAAGUUUAGGAAUAUGAAUAUCGAUUACGAAUUGGUCGGCUUCUAUCAGGCGCAUCCAUUUGGAGCUUGCUUCUCACAAGAUCUUGUAGACUCAAUGUUUGAUUAUCAAAGCAAUGGACCCGAUGGUGUCGUGAUCAUAUACGAUCCUGUGAAAACUCGUCAGGGACAGCUUUGCCUCCGUGCGUACCGUUUAUCCGUCCCAGCACUAGAACUCUGUGCGAAGAACGACUGGUCGCCCGAUGCUGUGAAGGCUGCGAACCUCACCUACCAAACUAUGUUCGAGGAAUUGCCGAUCGUGAUUAAAAGCAGCCAUCUUGUUAACGUGAUGAUGGCGGAAUUAUCAUUGGCACCUACCAAGAUUGCUGACAGAUCAUUGGAGAAGAGCGUUCGAUCGAUGAUGGCGAAUAUUGAUGAACUUAACAAAUCUAUAUCGGCGUACGGCAAGUAUGUCAACGAUAGGCAAAGACAUGACAACAUUAUCUAUAAUCUCACACAGAAGCGACAAGCGGAAAAUGAGCAGCGUAUCGCGAGAGGGGAACCUCCGUUGUCAAUGGAUGACAUCCGUAAGCUCAAAGAGCCACAACUGCAGACGCGAAAUGGAAUGCUCGACGCAAUGCUAAGCAGCUGUGAAACUCAGGCUUUGGCAGACUUUUGUAUAAAAGUGACGGGUGAAAACAUCGCUAAGCUGUUUCUUGCAGAAGCACUUGCUGACGACAAGGCGACUAACAGGGAGCGUUCACAAAGUUUCCACACCCGAUAG